CGUAAUGCUUUUUAUAAAGGGAAUGCACGUUCAAUAACUAUUAUUAUCGACAAUGCCUCUUGGCAUCGUGAAGUAACAGAUGAUACAAAACCACCUCAACGUUCAUGGAGAAAACAAAUGACAGCUAACUGGCUUGAUGAUCAUAAUAUAUUAUAUGUUGAUGAUAUUUCGAAAGCCGAAUUGCUACAACUGGCCUAUGAAAAUUUACCAAAAAAGAAAUAUAAAGUGGACGAAGAAGCAAAAAUGUAUCGAAUUAAUAUCUUACAUCUACCAAUGAGGUAUUGCACCUUAAACCCAAUAGAGUUAACUUGGGCCAAUAUGAAAACAUACAUACGUGAUAGAAACACGAAGUUUACUUUGGCUGAAGUCAACAAAUUGGCACAAGAAUGGAUAGAUAAUUUAGAUGCGACGGAAGCAACCAACUAUGUCAAUCACGUUAAGCAAUGUGAGGCGACAUUCAAAAAGGCCGAUAUGUUUGCUGAAAUAAUUGAAGAAGAAUUAAAUGAUGAUGACGACGAAGAUGAAUAUAGCGUCUAUAGUGCAGAUACAGAUGAUGAUGAUGAUGAAUGA